AAGUCCAAAGAGGAAGAGGAGAAGAGGCGAGAGACGGAGAGACCGCAGCGCCCUCGCGACUUCACCCGAAGCAAUCCAAUGGCGUCUCCUCCUCCUCCUCGAUCUCCGCUGACGCUCCACUCUCCCCGCUAAAACCCUCUCAUUUCCCAUCGAUAACCAGUUCCUUCGUGGAUCUCUCUCCAAUUCCUAGAUCUACGGAGGACGACCAUUUUUAGAGAUCCAAUCCUUUUCAACCCCUAAUACACACUCUCGAAACCCUCGAGUUUUGCCCCAAAAACGCCAUCUUUUCGGCCGCAUGGGCCGUCCGAGGCUCCAGAAUUCGGCCAUAAACCCCAUCGAGGAGGAAUCUCCGGACGCUGCUGAGGAUGGCUCUUUGCCGCCGCUGCCGCCCUCCGGAGGCCCCGCCGCCGCUGCCGACCUCUCCUGCGUGAUAUGCUCCGAGGUGAGCGCCGUGCUCGCCGUGAUGCGCCGCAAUGUCCGGUGGGGCGGCCGGUACGCCUCCGCCGCCGACGAUCACCACCUUGAGCACUCCCUCGUCCAGUCCCUCAAAUCCCUCCGCCGGCAGGUCUUCUCUUGGGGGGACGCCCGCCGCCCGUGGUGCACGAUCGAGCCCUCCGCUUUCCUCCGGCCGUUCGUCGAUGUUGUCCAAUCUGAUGAGACCGGCGCUCCCAUCACCGGCGUGGCACUAUCCUCCUUGUACAAGAUCCUCACCCUUGAUCUCCUCGAACCAGGGUCCGGGACUGGGGUGGAAGCUGGGAUGCAUUUGGUCGUCGAGGCUGUCACGAGUUGCCGGUUCGAGGUGACUGACCCUGCGUCUGAGGAGACCGUGCUGAUGAAGAUUCUCCAGGUGAUGCUUGCGAUCAUGCGGAGCCAGGCAUCAAUCAUGCUGAGCAACCAGCACGUCUGCACGAUCUUCAACACGUGCUUCCGGAUCGUCCACCAGGCGGGCACCAAAGGGGAGCUUCUGCAGAGGUUUUCACGGCACACAAUGCAUGAACUCGUCCGCUGCAUCUUCUCACACUUGCCACAUGUCGAGGAUGGUGGUCGACCUCCUUCUCUCAAGCCAGAGAUAGGUGCAACGGACAAGGACCAGGCUUUUGGGAUCAAGCAAGUGGAGAAUGGAAAUGGGAGUGCUGAGCCGACAGACACAAGCGCGAGAGAUGACAAUCCAGGAUCAGAAGCAGAAAAUGGUGUGAGAACUAUGGUCGAGCCAUAUGGAAUUUCUUGCAUGGUGGAGAUAUUCCACUUCCUUUGUUCUCUUUUGAAUGUAGCAGACCAUAUUGGGAUGAGUCCUGCAACUAAUCAGAUAGCUUUCGAUGAAGAUAUGCCACUAUUUGCCCUUGGCAUGAUCAAUUCAGCAAUUGAGUUGGGGGGACCAUCAAUAAGCAAACACCCAAAGCUACUCUCCUUGAUACAAGAUGAAUUGUUCAGGAACUUGAUGCAGUUUGGCUUGUCCAUGAGCCCGCUAAUACUCUCCAUGGUCUGUAGCAUAGUUCUGAACCUUUAUCGUCAUUUGCGCACCAAGCUGAAAUUGCAGCUUGAGGCAUUCUUCUCUUGUGUGAUCUUGAGGCUUGCACAAAGCCGAUAUGGGGCUAGCUAUCAUCAGCAGGAAGUAGCUAUGGAAGCUCUUGUGGACUUCUGCCGGCAAAAGACCUUCAUGGCAGAGAUGUAUGCCAAUUUAGACUGUGACAUUACUUGCAGCAAUAUGUUUGAAGAACUAGCCAACCUUCUCUCAAGGAGUGCAUUUCCCAUCAACUGCCCUCUUUCUUCCAUGCACGUUCUUGCAUUGGAUGGUUUAAUUGCAGUAAUCCAGGGAAUGGCUGAUAGGAUCGGAAAUGCAUCUCCCUCUUUUGAACAAUCACCAUUGGAGCUCGAGGAAUAUUCUCCAUUUUGGACAGUGAAGUGCGCAAACUACUCUGAUCCAGAACAUUGGGUUAAAUUUGUCCGUCGUAGGAAGUACAUUAAGAGGAGACUGAUGAUUGGUGCUGAUCACUUCAACAGGGACCCCAAAAAGGGCUUGGAGUUUCUUCAAGGAACUCAUCUCUUGCCUGAGAAGCUUGAUCCACAGAGUGUGGCAUGUUUCUUCAGAUACACGGCUGGGUUGGAUAAGAACCUUGUCGGGGACUUCUUGGGAAAUCAUGAUGAGUUUUGUGUACAGGUGCUUCAUGAAUUUGCCUGGACAUUUGAUUUUCAGGACAUGAAUCUCGAUACUGCUCUGCGACUUUUUCUGGAGACCUUCCGGUUACCUGGGGAAUCUCAGAAGAUUCAAAGGGUGCUCGAGGCUUUCUCUGAGAGAUACUAUGAGCAAUCACCGCAGAUCCUUGUUGACAAGGAUGCUGCCCUUGUGUUGGCAUACUCACUUAUAAUGCUCAAUACAGAUCAACACAAUGUGCAGGUCAAGAAGAAGAUGACUGAAGAAGAUUUUAUCCGCAAUAAUCGCCGCAUUAAUGGUGGGAAUGACCUCCCAAGGGAGUUCCUGUCGGAGCUCUAUCAUUCGAUAUGCAGGAAUGAGAUAAGAACUGCCCCUGAACAGGGUUUCGGUUUUACAGAAAUGUCACCUAGCCGAUGGAUUGAUCUUAUGCAAAAGUCAAAGAAGACAUCUCCAUAUAUUGUUUGUGACUCCCGUCCUUUCCUUGACCGUGAUAUGUUUGCAAUCAUGUCAGGUCCCACGAUUGCUGCUAUCUCGGUAGUGUUUGAUUAUGCAGAACAUGAAGAAGUUUUUUUGACAUGUGUAGAUGGCUUCUUGGCAGUGGCAAAGAUCUCAGCAUACCAUCACCUAGAAGAUGUGUUGGAUGAUUUAGUCGUGUCCCUAUGCAAAUUCACAACUCUCUUGAACUCAUCUUUGGUCGACGAACCAGUUACAGCGUUUGGUGAUGACAUAAAAGCUAGACUAGCAACAGAAACAGUUUUUAGCAUAGCAAACAGAUACGGUGAUUGCAUACGAACUGGUUGGAGAAAUAUCCUUGAUUGCAUUUUAAGACUGCAUAAAUUAGGCCUGUUGCCUGCUCGUGUUGCUAGCGAUGCUGCUGAUGAUUCAGAAUUGCCUCCAGAUUCAGUCCAUGGGAAACCUGUUCCAAGUUCACUGUCCACCUCUCAUAUUCAAACUAUGGGUACUCCUCGUAGAUCCUCUGGGCUAAUGGGGAGAUUCAGCCAGCUAUUGUCUCUCGACACAGAAGAACCAAGGUUGCAACCGACUGAACAGCAACUUGCUGCUCAUCAGAGAACUCUGCAGACAAUACAGAAGUGCCGGAUAGAUAGUAUAUUUAUAGAAAGUAAGUUUUUACAUGCUGAUUCACUGAUGCAAAUUGCCAGGGCACUUAUCUGGGCAGCUGGUCGGCCUCAGAAGGUUAGUAGUUCACCUGAUGAUGAAGACACAGCAGUAUUCUGCUUGGAGCUGCUUAUCGCUAUCACACUAAACAACCGUGAUAGAAUUGGGCUUCUCUGGCAGGGCGUAUAUGAGCACAUAGCUAACAUCGUGCAGUCCACUGUGAUGCCUUGUGCUCUUGUGGAAAAGGCAGUUUUCGGGCUCCUAAGAAUUUGCCAGCGGUUGCUACCUUACAAAGAAAACCUGGCUGAUGAGCUCUUAAGGUCUCUGCAAUUAGUUUUGAAGCUUGAUGCCCGUGUUGCAGAUGCUUACUGUGAGAACAUCACCCAGGAAGUCACACGCCUUGUGAAGGCAAAUGCAGCCCAUGUAAAAUCCCAAAUGGGUUGGCGGACCAUAACAUCCCUACUUUCUAUCACUGCUCGCCACCCGGAAGCUUCAGAAAUAGGCUUCGAGGCACUCCUAUUCAUUAUGUCUGAAGGAGCUCAUCUUUCACCAGCCAACUAUGUUCUUUGUAUUGAAGCCUCAAGGCAGUUUGCGGAGUCUCGUGUGGGGCUAACAGAUAGAUCAGUUCGUGCAUUAGAUCUAAUGGCAGAAUCCAUGAAUUGUCUUGCUCGCUGGUCUCAUGAGACAGGGAAUGCAGGUGCUGAAACUGAUAAAAUUUCGGAGGGAAUCAGAGAGAUGUGGCUGCGGCUUGUGCAAGCAUUGAGAAAGAUCUGCUUGGAUCAGAGAGAAGAAGUAAGGAAUCGUGCAUUGGCAUCACUGCAGAGAUGCCUGGUUGGAGAUGGGGUGUGCCUCUUACCGUCAACUUGGCUGCAGGCCUUCGAUCUAGUUAUAUUUACUAUGCUUGAUGACUUGCUGGAGAUUGCACAGAAUCAUUCCCAGAAAGAUUACCGGAACAUGGAGGGCACACUUUUGCAUGCCAUGAAGUUACUGUCAAAGGUGUUUUUGCAGCAAUGGCAAGAUCUUUUUGGGUUGAGUAGUUUCUGCAAGCUGUGGCUGGGGGUACUCAGUCGUUUGGAGAAGUAUAUGAAGGUGAAAGUGAGAGGUAAGAAGAGCGAUAAACUGCAAGAACUGAUUCCUGAACUCCUCAAGAACACUCUUUUGAUGAUGAAAUCCAAAGGUAUUCUUGCGAAAAGAAGCACAAUAGGUGGUGAUAGUUUGUGGGAGUUGACGUGGCUUCAUGUAAACAAUAUUGCUCCAUCUUUGCAGUCUGAAGUGUUCCCUGGUCAGGAGAUGGAGCAGUUACAUUCUGGCGUGCAACCUGAAGGUAACAGAGCUGGUCUAUUAGCUGAGCCAUCUACGAGUUAGGCUGGACUUUUGAAUUCACUUUUGCUCGUUGGCUUUUUGUAAGAAUCAUAUCAAGUUCCUCCACGAAGCUGAAUUUGCUAGGCUGACCAUUCUUGUGAUUUUCUCAUGUGACAUGGGUAUCUUCUCUUUCCCAAAAGUAUCAUGUGUGAUCCUUGUUUAGUGCAGCUGUCUCAUUUUCUUGCACAUGUCUCUCUGUAUGGUGUUUGUGCAGUGUUCUUUAGAGCAGCAGUGAGUUGCUUGAAUUUCGUUACCUAGAGAAUUUGAGAAUAUAUAAUCUAGUUCCCAACUAUUACUUUUGCAGUUUACCAUAUGUAGCUAGGUGACCAGUUCUAUAUCAGUUGACACAAGCAGAAAACACUCAUGCAUUGGAGGCUAUGUACUGCUCACAGUUUCUUGUCAACAACCCUUUUAAAGUGUGAUCAAUAAGCUCAUGAGUUGCAUAGUGUAUUUUCUA